ACACGAAUGUAGAAUCCAGUGUAACAACACUCGCACUCGGUUUCGGUUCUUGUUAAAACUUCUAACUGCUAAGACACCAUGGAUUCUGAGGAUGAACAAAAGAUGGCCAUGCUGCGCAAGGCCUUCCAAAUGUUCGACACCACCAAGUCAGGAUACAUCGAAGUCCUCAAGAUCUCAACGAUCUUGAACACAAUGGGCCAGCUUUUCGAUGACUCUGAACUUCAAGCACUCAUCGAUCAAAAUGACCCAGAAAACUCUGGAAAAAUUAACUUCGAUGGAUUCUGCAACAUCGCCUCCCACUUCUUAGAAGAAGAGGACGCUGAAGCUAUGCAACAGGAACUGAAAGAAGCUUUCAGGUUAUAUGAUCGUGAAGGUAACGGUUACAUAACAACAUCAACCCUUAAAGAGAUCUUGGCGGCUCUGGACGAUAAACUGAGCAACUCGGAUCUUGACGGCAUCAUUGCCGAAAUUGAUACUGACGGUUCUGGUACCGUGGACUUCGAUGAAUUCAUGGAGAUGAUGACUGGCGAUUAAAACAUACGUUUACCAUUUA